GAAAUCGUGCACAUACAGUUCCUGGCCGGCUCAAUCUAGCCUUAUUGCAUUCAACGAACAAAAAAUGAGAAGCGACCACAACUGCAUGUUUACCUUCUUUCUGUAGUUUGCAAAACCGACCACAGAUGUCACAUGAUGCAAUAUUUUUUUCCUCGCUACAAUUAUUAUCUAUUAUUUUGCAUGUUUGCAUUUUGCUUUUGCAAGUAUGUUGUUUAGAUUAGACUUGUGCGAUGUGCGACAAGUGGCAGGGGGCAGGAAUGCGGGAUACAUAAGCAAAAUCUGAAGAUCUAACUUCGGAAAAACAUCACUCACCUUCAGCCUUCAGCACUCCACUCUACUUCGGACACCGCAGCAGAAAAUAUAUUUAUGGUCCGCCACUGAAAAAUAAGCUGGAAGAAGGGAAAGCGGACCGCCGGGCAGAUAAAACUAGAAGACAAGUGCACAUAAAUCAGCGCUGAAGCCGCUUCAUGUAUAGAUGAAUUAAGGAAAUUUUUUUUAGGGUUCAGCUCAGUCGGCCGUGCAUCGAAGCAAUAACAAAAAAAGUAAGGACCGGAAAUCGGACAGAGAAUUCAGAGCAAAAAUAAAUGUACAUUAUAUAAUAUUUCUUUUGGAGUACAUAUUUUGCUGAAAACAAUGAUGGGUUGAAUAUUUCAUUCUUUCAACUUUCUGGAUUUUGUCGAGCCCCAACUGUGAAAAAUCAUGAGCCUCAACAAUUGCGACGGACAAGGUUACAUACCUGAUAUCACUGAACGUGCUGAGCAAUCCCCAGAAGUGUCCAGCACAACUCGAAAUCAUAAACAAUUCCUACAAUUUGUGGAGAGCCGCAGUGAAGUAUUGCUCUCAAAAAUGUGCAUCAUGAAAGUCAAAAAUAUAUUGAGCUGUUCAACAACUGUACUUGAUGAGCUGGAAGCUUUGAUCACAGAUCAUAUGGAAAAAUGUCCAUCCCUAGAAGAUUGUCUGGCUGCUUUAGCAAAAAAGACCUUGAUGCUUGAUCCGCCCCAAGUUUCUGAGGGGGAAACUCUAGUGGAGGCUUCAGAAAAGCAAGCCAAGGAGAUGCUGCUGCAAGGCAAAGGGCUUUUUGUUCUGGAGAACGCUACACAGAUUUAAAAUUGCGCUGCUUUUUGCCAUCAUUUGAUGUCUGCCGUCAGGAUUGAUCCACAAGACCACACCGAUGGGGUCCUCGUUCUCUUUGGCGGCCCGAAUACCACGCAGGUCCGCUCCAGCUGCCAGACUCAAUUGGCGCAAGGCCUCCGCAACGCUGCUCCAAUGGCCCCGCUAGAGGCGGAGUCGUUCUCUUGUCGGAGCUCGCAAUCAUUUAUUGUUGACAGCGCAAGAGAGCAGACCGUUGCAACCCCCUGUAUCAGAGUGAUUUCGACCGACCGAGAACACACCGGGGGAGUGACAGUAGGAGUGGUUUGCUGGAAAAGAAGCUGCCUCUCUCGCGCUGGCUGCCGCGCUUGCUGAAUUUGCUCUUCAUUCAGUCUUCACCCACCUAGGAGCGAGGGUCCUCUGACGGUUGCGGAGGUCAAUCCAGUAAACAUCAGAAAAGGUGCGUGAAAAGGAUGAAGGAAAAGAGCAAAAACGCGGCGAGGAGCCGCAGAGAGAAGGAGAAUGCCGAGUUUCUGGAGCUGGCCAAAUUGCUCCCUCUGCCCUCGGCCAUCACCAGCCAGCUGGACAAAGCAUCCAUCAUUCGACUUACCACCAGCUACCUCAAGAUGCGACAUGUCUUUCCAGAUGGACUGGGGGACGCUUGGGGUGCGGCGCCGCCCAUCACCAACCCGCGAGAGUCAUGCAUUAAAGAACUCGGUUCCCACCUUCUGCAGACCCUGGACGGCUUCAUCUUUGUUGUGGCUCCAGACGGCAAGAUCAUGUACAUCUCCGAGACGGCCUCUGUCCAUCUUGGUUUGUCGCAGGUGGAGUUGACUGGAAACUCAAUUUACGAAUACAUCCACCCUGCCGACCACGACGAGAUGAACAGUGUCCUCAGCAUCACCCCCGGUACGAUCCCCCCAAUAUCUCCGCACGUCCUCCACAACCUUCAUGAGUUUGAGUUGGAAAGGCUGUUUUUCAUGAGAAUGAAGUGCGUUUUGGCAAAAAGAAAUGCUGGACUUACAACAGGCGGAUACAAGGUCAUUCACUGCUCUGGUUAUUUGAAAGUGAAGCAGUACCCUUUGGACACGCCACCUUACGACGGAUGCUUCCAGAACGUGGGACUUGUGGCCGUGGGACACUCGCUUCCACCCAGUGCAAUAACUGAAAUCAAAAUGCACUCCAACAUGUUCAUGUUUAGAGCAAGUCUCGACAUGAAAUUGAUCUUCCUUGAUGCGAGAGUUUCCCAACUGACCGGCUAUGAGCCGCAAGAUCUCAUCGAGAAAACCCUUUACCAUUACAUCCACGGCUGUGAUAUCAUGCACAUGCGAUUCUCUCACCACACACUGCUGUACAAAGGCCAGGUGACGACCAAGUAUUAUCGCUUCAUGACCAAAAACGGAGGCUGGGUUUGGAUGCAGAGCUACGCCACAAUUGUGCACAAUUCCCGCUCAUCAAGGCCUCACUGCAUUGUCAGCGUUAAUUAUGCCCUUAGUGAUUUUGAGGCCCGAGACUUUUUACUGAACUCAGAGCAGUUGUGCACAAACGGCUCCAUUCCAAGCUCGACGACAAAAGAAGAACUUCUGGACAGUCGCCCGAGCAGCGUCAGUUCUCAACCGAGAAAUCGCCGCACCACCAACAACCACAGCAAACCCCGAGCGGCCCACGCUGCGCCGGUAGCAGUUCCGCCACCCCUUGUAAUGGGAUUGAUGGAAGACGACUUUAGCGAUUCGAGCGGCGCCACGUACCACGAAUUCUCAGCUUCGGUGCCUUUCACUUCGUAUUCAGAAGACAGCGCAUUUUUAAACAAUUACGAUUUUACUCAUCAUCAGCAGCAACACCACCACAACCACAGCCAGCCACAGCAGCCAUAUGAGGUGCACUACGAACCGCAGCCAUUCCUGCAGCACUCCUCUAGUGCGAGCUCGAGUCCGUGCAGCUCGACCGACACCGACGAAGGGCACAAAAACAAGCAGCAAGGAGGAGAGUUUUUCCAGCAACUGGACGCCUACUUGCCGCCGACUGAACUGAUCAACCCGUGUCUCAAAGAGGGUGGCCUCAUGUACCCUGCGCACCAGCCCAAGAAGACCUCGGACUGCGCAGAGAUACCAGGGUACACAAGUGUGAUUGUCGAAGCGCCGCAGCAGCAAUACAUUACCGACCACUAUGUUCAUUAGUCAAAUGAAAAGUAUUGUGUAAAUUUGUAGCCUCCAAAAAGUGAUCAUUUUUCAUUAAGGAACAUAAAUAAUGCAUUUAUUUAUUAUGUAUUAAUUAUUAUUGUAAUUAUAAUUAUUUACCUCCGAAUCUUUUUUAUAUCUCAGUGAAACAAUGCCUGCCUGUAUUAACUUCAGUAAUUUGAAAUAAAUUUAAUUCAAUUAAGUCGUUUUAAACAUGGAAAUAUUGUAAUGAACAUUGAUCAAAUAAUUUCUUAUUGAUUUUUCUGCACACAAAAAUUGUGUUCUGUAAUUGGGCAGCUUUUUAACAAAUUUUGGACUGGCAAAAACUGAGCACUGCAUAACGUUUAUUUGACAUACAAAAGUUUCAAAUUAAUUGAUCCAUAUUUUUAUUUUUUUUUUUUUUUAAAUGCAAACCUAUUUUAAUUGUACUCUCAAUUAAAUUAAACCGAUUUCUAUUUAGCUUAUAAUAAUAUUA